GCUCCUUUUGCUGGGGAUAGAACAGGAAUGGAGUCUUAGAACUUUUAAUACAUCCCAUGGCAAAUGCUGACUGUAGAAAUCAAAUGUCCAUGGAGAAAUUUGUCCUCCUGAGAUUUGGGAAUCUCCCUGAACUUCAGAUUCUUCUCUGUCUGCUGUUUCUAGCAAUCUACAUGGUGACCAUGGCCGGGAACAUCCUCAUUGUUGUACUAGAUGUGGCUGAUCAGCACCUUCGCACCGCCAUGUACUUCUUCCUGGGGAACUUGUCCUGCUUGGAGAUCUGCUACACCUCCACCAUCCUGCCCAGGGUGCUGGCCAGUCUCCUCACUGGGGACAGAAUCAUUUCUGUUAGUGGCUGCAUGACACAAUUUUAUUGUUUUGGUAUCCUAGCAGCCACAGAAUACCAUCUGCUAGCAGUGAUGUCUUAUGAUCGGUAUCUAACGAUCUGCAAUCCACUCCGUUAUGCCACUCUGAUGAACAGCAGUGUUUGUUUCCAGCUAGUGGGUUGUUCCUGGACAAGUGGCUCUCUGGGCAGCAUCAUAGUAAUCAUUUUAAUGACUAAAAUAAAGUUUUGUGACUCCAAUGAAAUUGACCAUUUCUUGUAUGAUUCCUCACCCACCAUAAAACUGUCCUUUAGUGAUACCCAGCUUCUAGAACUCACGAUUUUCACGCUCUCCUCCAUCAGGUCACUGGUCCCAUUUUUAUUCACAUUGGCGUCCGUUUGCAUCUUCAACACCAUCCUGAGAAUUCCUUCCACCACCAGGAGGCAAAAGGCAUUUUCUACCUGCUCCUCUCACAUUGUCACUGUCACAACACUUUAUGGGACUCUGAUUAUUGGCUACAUGGUUCCAACUGCCCACCAUUCAAAGGACUUACACAAGGUAUUCUCUGUCUUCUACUCUGUCCUGCUCCCACGGUCAACCCCCUCAUCUACAGUCUGAGGAACAAAGAGGUCAAUGAGGCCCUGAGAAAGGCUCUCAGUAAGUUUCUGUCUUUUGCAAGACUUCAGACUGUAAAAUUAACAGAUCUCUAUCAGUGACCUACAGCAGGAGAUUCUGGAAGA